CCCUCGACUCACGCACACGAGCUCGUUGAGAAAGGCGCGCGCGCGCGGGCGCGAGAUAAAGAUGGCGGCGACGGUGGGAGAAACGGCGUGAUAUGCUGGAGUAGCGGCACUAAACCUGAGUAAAACCACCGUAUGACAGACCAUAGCAAAAUGGAAACCAUGUCACAGUAGGUGUUUACCGGUAAUACCAAGUACUACAAACUCACCUCCCCCCGAGACAACAUUCAUCCUGUGAUUGUGGAGAAAUCUCACCGCGAGCAUGGCUUCGCACAGUAACCAGUACAUCUUUGGGGAGUUCAGCCCAGAUGAGUUCAAUCAGUUCUUUGUGACUCCCCGCUGUUACGUCGAGCUUCCCCCAUUCAAUGAUAAAGUCUCCUGUGUCAGCCAUUCCUCAGGAGGUUACUGCACUCCUGCUGUGCCUUACAUAACGGAAUCAUUGAGACGGCAGGUUUGCGGAGACGACUACCAGCAUAUCGAGUUUGGCGUGGAUGAGGUAAUGAAUGCGGAGCCUGUGGCAGUGAAAGACUCACUGUACAAAGUCUCCAGCACUCUAAAUCCUCAGGCCCCUGAGUUCAUCUUAGGCUGCCAACCAUCUCAGAAGGCCCUUCCAACAGCCACGCCAGUCGCUGAUAUCCCAGAUGGCGCCGACUUCGACUCCCUAUGCUGCAGCAACUCCGAGACCUCAGUCCUGGGCGGCCACCAGGCCUGCUCGGACAUGGAUGGGGUUUCGGGCGGCUUGGGGCAAAGGAAGAAAAAGAAAAAACGGCCGCCGGGAUACUACAAUUACCUGGAGGGUUCCAACAGCAACAGCACCGGUAUGGCCACAGAUGGAGUGGGGGCCUCAGGCCUGGUUAACGGACAUGCGCCAAAUGCUCCACUCCUGGGUUUAGAGGCCAUGGUAGGGGAAGUGCUAGCUGGGGCUGAACUCAUUCCCCCAAAUUCUGUAACAUCCAGCACAUCCACACUCCAAACCGCCCCUCUUUCCCAUCAGAGGACAUGUGAAAGCCCUGACAAUUUGACAUUGGACUUGACGAGCGGAGCUGCCACUUUGCCAGACAGAAACGGUGCAGCUUCUUUGUCUACUUCAUCUUCGUCCUCUCAGAGCAGCGGGGUGGCACAGAGUGCCAGGACUGCAGAGCAACAUGCAGAACCCCCAGCUCUAGAGAGUCCAGUACUCCUGGGUAACGGAGGGCACAGCUCCUCUCCUCCAUCUCCUCUUCCCCCUGCUGCUGCUGUGGCCACCCUCACAACCACAAUUCCUGCUACUACUGAUGAGAGGGAGGCCGAGGGCUCGGGCGAGGCUAACGGGCUGCCAGAGACUGCCUCGGUUGUCGGAGCCGCAGACGGACUCCAAGACCCAACUGAAAUGGGCGAGGUGCAGUCAGCUUCCUCUGUAACCCCUCUCUCCUUAGACUCUGAAGUUCAGCUGGUAGUCUCGCCCGUUCCCACUGCAGCUGUCGCCAACCCCCCAAAAUCCUGGGCCAGCCUCUUCCACAACUCCAAGCCUCUGCCUGGAGGUCCUCAGGCUUACGUUGAGGUGAAGAGUACGCUUGCUGUCGUCGCGCUCCCUCUGUCUGCCUCCGAAUUGCCUGAAAAGACCAAUGAGGUGCGCGAGGGCCCUAUCCCUGUGUCUGAAGACCCUAUGGCCCCAAAAUUGGCAGGUAAAAUGCUGCUAAUGGAGAUGACCCUGCAGGCCCUGAUUGCAUGUCCCCCCAUGUAUCAUCUGAUGAAGUCUAUUCCCCUUUUCACUGAGACUCAGAGACCCUGCACAUCCACACCCAUGAUGGAUAACUUUGUUCGGCUUGUGAAUGAGUUCAGCAAUAUGCCUGUCCCUUCCAAGGCUAAACAGCAAGCUGCUGGAGAGAAGAUAAUGAAAGACCUUAGAGUGGGUGCUCCUUUUGAACCCACAUAUAUCUAUAAACUCACCCUCAUCAAAUCAGGCCUUUCUGAGAAGGGGCGCCAGGAGGAUGCGGAGGAGUACCUUGGUUUCAUUUUAAAUGGACUGCAUGAGGAAAUGCUGGCACUGGAGAAGCUUAUCUCUCCACAGGAAGAGAAAGCCCCUACACCAAAUGGGCCCGAGUCUCAGCCUGGAGUGGAGGAAGACCCUGCUGAGAAGGAGGAAGGCAGUGAUGAUGAAUGGGAACAGGUCGGGCCCAGAAACAAAACCUCCAUCACUCGGCAGGCAGAUUUUAUCCGCACUCCCAUCACCGACAUAUUUGGUGGUCACAUCAGAUCUGUGGUAUACCAGCAGAGCUCAAAAGAGUCAGCCACCUUGCAGCCCUUCUUCACACUGCAGCUGGACAUCCAAUCAGAGAAGAUCCGCACAGUCCAAGAGGCCCUGGAGGUACUGGUGGCGAGGGAGUCCGUUCAGGGCUACACCACUAAGAGCAAGCAGGAGAUUGAGAUCAGCCGGAGAGUGACUCUUGAAGAGCUUCCUCCAGUGCUGGUGCUUCACCUUAAGAGAUUUGUUUUUGAGAAGACCGGUGGAUGUCAAAAACUGGUCAAGAAUAUUGAUUACCCUGUCGACCUGGAGAUCAGUAAAGAUCUCUUGUCACCGGGGGUGCGGGGCAAAACUCUGAAAGGCCAAAGAACCUACAGGCUCUUUGCAGUCGUUUAUCACCAUGGGAACAGUGCCACCGGUGGCCACUACACUACAGAUGUCUUCCACAUCGGUCUGAACGGCUGGCUGCGCAUUGAUGACCAGGCGGUGAAGAUCAUUAAUCAGCAUCAGGUGGUGAAGCAGACUGCAGAGCGCACUGCCUACCUGCUGUACUACCGUCGUGUGGACCUGCUGUAGAAACCAUACUCAUACACACAAACAAACGCACACAGAUGUACAUUCAAACACACGUUUACAUGCAGACUCUCUCUCUCACACACACACACACACACACACACACACACAUCCAACGUAUCUAAAGACUUUUCUGUAAUAGUGUUUUCCCCCUUUGCACACGGCCUCAUGCAGGUCUGGAGAAGCUGAGGGGAGAAAUGUUAGCACUGCAGAACGCUCCAGUUCGGAGAGACAGACCUGAAUCACUGCAAACGUCCACAGCCUCAUGUUGACUGGCCAGAGAGGAUCCCGGCUGAAAGAACUCAAACCAGUUAAGGCUGAUGGACUGCUGGAGAAAAUCUUUUUUUUUUUCUUCUUUUUUUGUUUAAUCUACUUUUUUAAAUGGCAUAGGAAAAAAUAUGUAGUGUUUUGCCUUUUAGCAAGAAGAGAUGUCGGCCUAAUUUGCAGCAGUUAAGUGGAGCCUGUUAAAUUCUUGACUAGAGCAUCAAAGUGUCCCAACACCAGCAAGCUACCAAAAUUUGUAUAGAUUUCAAUGUAGGAGUUUGUCGACUCCACAAGCAAGACACGUCAACUCCACCACCACAACCUCUUCUCUCCCCCAUUUCUCUCCCAAUCCUGAUGCUUCAGAUCUAGAUUUCACUUGAGUCAUGGGAAAAAACAAAGAUAGCGGGUGGGAGAAAGGGUGCUGCAGUGUGCUGAAAUAGUAAAAAGCAAAACAAGAAAAAAAAAAAAA